AAGCAUUGCCACGUAAUUGCAGACUCCUUUUUUUAGGGCGAUCAGUUUACCCCAGGGUCUUCAAAUGGUGCUUUAUUUCCCCCUCUCAGCCGCCCUGUGCGUGACACUCACUUCGGCCUGUUCCCUUCCCGUUACCAGAGGCUCGCUCCGCCUCGCAGGGUCCUGGGCGUUGAGCGAUAGAUUUUACUCAAAACGCGCGAAUGUGAGACCUCAUCGUUCCUUUUUACCCCAGCUCAUAGUCAUAACGCGGUCUGGACUCACAGGCGAGGAGAGGAUACACUUUUACCCCAGCUCAGUCAUACCGCGGUCUGGACUCACAGGCGAGGAGAGGAUACACUUUUACCCCAGCUCAGUCAUACCGCGGUCUGGACUCACAGGCGAGGAGAGGAUAAACUUUUACCCCAGCUCAGUCAUACCGCGGUCUGGACUCACAGGCGAGGAGAGGAUACACUUUUACCCCAGCUCAGUCAUACCGCGGUCUGGACUCACAGGCGAGGAGAGGAUACACUUUUACCCCAGCUCAGUCAUACCGCGGUCUGGACUCACAGGCUAGGAGAAACUUGCUAUAGCCUACUACUCUUUGUGUUUAAAAAUCCGGGGAAUAUCCAGGAAGAAGCCAAAUGUUGUCGUGUUGUAUAUGUUUCGGGGUUUUAUUUGACGAGGUGAGGGGCCUCUUAUCGAGUGGAAUCGAACAGAGGACCAUACAUCUGGCUUAAAGUGGAGGGCUUUGGAUCUGUAAAUUCAUACAAAACGAGCCCUGUCUUGAGUUGAAACCAGCGCUGUUAUGGGUUUGGAGUUAUUCUUGAUAUUUUUCUGUGCGUCGACUAUAAGUUAGCUAAGUAGGUUUGUUAUACGCUAAUCGGUGUUUUGACGUCUGUAUUGAGUCAGCGUCAUGACUUCUGGCUAUGCGCAUGUAAUGGACAGACAAGACUCACUGACGAGCCGCCUGGAGAGCCCGAUAUCAGCCAAACUGGAAACACUGCAGGCCAAGAAAAACUUCUCUGUCAGCCACCUGUUGGAUCUGGAGGAGGUGCGGGAGAUGGUAGGGGUUCAGGCCAAUGAGAGCGCCGGGGAUGCGGGAAGGAGCGUGGUGGAGUCCCCGGGGUUGACCAGCGGCAGCGAUGAGCAUGUGAGUUCUGAGGAGAAGAAGAGGAAGCAUCGUCGUAACAGAACAACCUUCAACAGCAGUCAGCUGCAGGCACUAGAGAGAGUGUUUGAGAGGACACACUACCCUGACGCCUUCGUACGGGAGGACCUGGCACGCAGGGUUAACCUCAUUGAGACACGGGUACAGGUGUGGUUUCAGAACAGGAGGGCUAAGUUCCGUCGUAACGAGCGUGCUAUGCUAGCCAGUAAAAAUUCCUCCAUGAUAAAGUCCUACUCUCGUGACCUCACGGCAGUGGAGCAGCCAAUCGCACCUCGACCCAACGACUACCUGUCCUGGGGCUCCUCUUCACCCUACAGUGCCAUGGCAGCGUACCCCCCCACCUGUUCUCCCACCACCUCAGCCCAGGGGAUGAACAUGGCUAACAGCAUCGCUAACCUCCGGCUCAAAGCCAAGGAGUACAGCCUCAACCAGGUGCCUACUGUCAACUGAUGAAGAGGAGGAAGAUGAAUGCUUCUCCUAAAGUCUAGAGAGUUCUACAGAGAAAUCACGUUUACCAAAAAGGACGACACAACAAGCAGUUCAAACUGCAGUCUUUGUUUUUAACGGCACGUCAAUUUCAAUGAAUGUAUUUAGUGUGUUUUUAUGUGCGUGAUCGUCUACAGAAAACUGGUCCUACACGCGAGAGACAUUUGAGAGCAUAUCCUGUCCAGCUAAGUAGCAUAUCCUGUCCAGCUAAGUAGCAUAUCCUGUCCAGCUAAGUAGCCACGAUGGCCAAUGAACCAGAGGGUAACUGACUGUAUUUAUCAUUGUUAUACAGUUUUAGUAUCAACUUCCUCUCCUCACUCUGGCACCAACAGGAUAUGUGCCACCUUUGCCUUAGAAUUUCAGAAUUUCAAACAUUUGGGGACUUCUGGGAGAAUUGUAUUGAUAUCUAUAUUUUUGGGCUGGUUUGAAAACUUUUGGAAAGUUUUUUUGUAUAAUUAUUUUGAGAACUCUGGACUUAUUAUGAAUUCUAACCCGAAACAAAGACACAAACAGUCAGACAAACUUUUCUAACCCUAACUCUUUUCCCAGCACUGGCCUGAGGAGCCAAGCCUUCUCUCCUGGGGUUAUAUUAGGAGCCAAGCCUUCUCUCCUGGGGUUAUAUUAGGAGCCUUCUCUCCUGGGGUUAUAUUAGGAGCCUUCUCUCCUGGGGUUAUAUGAGGAGCCAAGCCUUCUCUCCUGGGGUUAUAUUAGGAGCCAAGCCUUCUCUCCUGGGGUUAUAUUAGGAGCCAAGCCUUCUCUCCUGGGGUUAUAUUAGGAGCCAAGCCUUCUCUCCUGGGGUUAUAUUAGGAGCCUUCUCUCCUGGGGUUAUAUGAGGAGCCAAGCCUUCUCUCCUGGGGUUAUAUUAGGAGCCAAGCCUUCUCUCCUGGGGUUAUAUUAGGAGCCAA